UAAAUGAACAGGCCAAUCCCGUGGCCAAGGAGAAGCUCUCCCCCUCUCUCCUUUGUUGUUCUGACGGGCAAGGUGCCAGCGGGUUUUGUAAGCACCUGAGAACAGCAAUGACAAGGAGAGCCUGAGUCACAGAGGCACAGGUGGCUUUGGCAUCUUCCCCGACACAGUGGUCAGAAAGAACCCACACACGCCGCUCCUGAUGAAGAAGACUAAGAAGGAUGGUCAUCAGGCUUUGCUCAACGAAGGAGAGGAGAAUGAGCUGGAGGUGUUCGGCUACCACACCCAGCCUCUGCGGAGAGCCCUGUGCCUUGUCACAGCCAUCCUGACUCUUGGGGCCCUUCAGCUGAUGUUCUACUGGAGGCCUGAGUGGUGGGUGUGGAGCAGUUGCAUCCCCUGCCCCUUGCAGGAAGCAGACACAGUUUUGCUGAGGACAACAGAUGAAUUUCGAAGAUACAAGAGAAAAAAGGUCUUCUGCCUCCACUUAUCCACACUGAAGUUCCCUAUAAGCGAGGACCCAGAGGACCCUCUGGUGGCUGACCACCACUCUGUCAUAAACCAAGCUGUAUCGAAGCCAGACUUAAAACUACGAUGCAUCCAAGUGCAGAAAAUCAGGUACGUGUGGGAUUUCUUGGAGAAGCGGUUUCAGAAAGUUGGGCUGCUGGAGGACAAGAACUCCUGCUUUGACAUCCACCAUACAUUUGGAUUGGGUCUGACCAGUGAAGAACAAGAGGUCAGGAGGUUAGUGUGUGGGCCCAACGCCAUCGAGGUGGAGAUCCAGCCCAUAUGGAAGCUGCUCGUUAAACAGGUCUUAAAUCCAUUCUAUGUGUUCCAAGCCUUCACCCUCACUCUGUGGCUGUCUCAAGGUUACAUAGAAUACUCCGUGGCCAUCAUCAUUUUGACCGUCAUCUCCAUUGUCUUAAGUGUGUAUGAUUUGAGACAGCAAUCAGUUAAGCUGCACAAGCUUGUGGAGGAGCACAACAAGGUCCAGGUCACAAUCACCAUGAAAGGCAAAGGUCUGCAGGAGCUGGAGUCCCGUCUCCUGGUUCCGGGAGACAUUCUUGUUCUUCCAGGGAGAACUGCAUUGCCCUGUGAUGCUGUCCUGAUCGAUGGGAGUUGUGUAGUGAAUGAAGGAAUGCUCACAGGAGAAAGUAUACCUGUUACAAAGACACCAUUGCCCCAAACGGAAAACACCAUGCCCUGGAAAUCCCACAGCUUGGAGGACUACCGGAAACACGUGCUUUUCUGUGGAACGGAAGUGAUCCAGGUCAAGCCAUCUGGGGAGAGACCUGUGAGAGCUGUUGUUCUGCAGAUAGGCUAUAAUACAGCAAAAGGGGACUUGGUGAGAUCCAUCCUGUACCCCCGACCUCUGAACUUCAAACUGUAUAACGAUGCCUUCAAGUUCAUUGUGUUCCUGGCCUGCAUUGGUGUUGUGGGAUUUUUCUAUGCCCUAGGUGUCUACAUGUACCAUGAAGUUCCUCCAAGAGAAACCGUAACCAUGGCUCUGAUUCUCCUCACUGCUACUGUUCCUCCCGUGCUCCCAGCCGCCCUGACCAUAGGCAAUGUGUACGCCCAGAAAAGGCUCAAGAAGAAGAUGAUUUUCUGCAUCUCCCCACAAAGAAUCAACAUGUGUGGCCAGAUAAACCUCGUGUGCUUUGACAAAACAGGAACUCUCACAGAAGAUGGGCUGGACCUCUGGGGGACCGUUCCUACUGCUGCCAACUGUUUCCAGGCAGUCCACAGCUUUGCCUCAGGCAAGGCUGUGCCCUGGGGCCCGCUGUGUGCAGCCAUGGCCAGCUGCCACUCCCUGAUCCUUCUUGAUGGGACCAUUCAAGGAGACCCUUUGGACCUCAAAAUGUUUGAAGGCACUGGCUGGAAUAUGGACGAUUGCCAAGGGGCUUCCUGCAAGUUUGGCACGCCAGGUUCAAGCACAGUAAUAAAACCAGGACCAAAAGCCAGUCAGAGUCCUGUGGACACCAUCACCACCCUGUGCCAGUUUCCGUUUUCCUCAGGACUGCAGAGGAUGUCCGUGGUUGCUCAGCUGGCUGGUGACCUUCACCUCCAUGUCUACAUGAAGGGUGCCCCGGAAACGGUGGCCACGUUCUGCCGCUCUGAAACAGUGCCCAAGAAUUUCCCUCAGGAACUGAAGAACUACACAGUGCAAGGCUUCCGUGUCAUUGCCCUUGCCCAUAAAACCCUGAAGAUGGAGAAGCUUUCAGAUGUGGGACGUUUAGCAAGGGAGAAAGUGGAGUCUGAGUUGGAAUUUCUGGGACUUCUUAUAAUGGAGAAUCGCUUGAAAAAGGAAACAAAGCCAGUGCUGAAGGAGCUGAUGGAGGCCCGCAUCAGGACUGUGAUGAUUACAGGUGACAAUCUUCAGACUGCCAUCACCGUGGCUAAAAGUUCUGAAAUGAUUCCUGUGGGCAGCCGGGUCAUCAUUGUUGAGGCUAAUGAGCCAGAAGAACUUCUUCCUGCUUCUGUGACCUGGCAGCUGGUGGGGACCCAAGAGCCAGGCCCUGGGAAGAAGGAAACCUACAUUGAUGUUGGAAACAGUUUUGGUGGAAAAGGUUACCAUUUCGCAAUGAGUGGGAAGACAUACCAAGUACUAUUUCAGCAUUUCUCCAGCAUGCUGCCAAAAAUUCUGGUUAAUGGAACCAUUUUUGCAAGGAUGUCGCCUGGGCAGAAAUCAAGCCUUGUGGAAGAAUUUCAGAAAUUAAACUACUAUGUGGGCAUGUGUGGAGAUGGAGCCAAUGACUGUGGGGCUUUGAAAAUGGCUCAUGCGGGCAUCUCACUAUCAGAACAGGAAGCAUCCGUGGCAUCUCCCUUCACGUCAAAGACAGCCAAUAUCGAGUGUGUACCUCAUCUCAUCAGGGAGGGUCGAGCUGCUUUGGUUUCAUCCUUUGGCGUAUUUAAAUACUUGUCCAUGUAUGGCAUCAUCCAGUUUAUUGGAACAUCACUUCUCUACUGGCAACUGCAGCUCUUCGGUAAUUACCAGUAUCUCAUGCAAGACGUGGCCAUCACACUCAUGGUCAGCUUAACGAUGAGUAUAAACCAUGCCUACCCGAAGCUGGCUCCAUAUAGACCAGCAGGACAGCUGCUUUCUCCUCAGUUGCUCCUCUCAGUCUUCCUGAAUUCCUGCUUCACCUGCAUUGUGCAGGUGUGUGCUUUUCUCGCCGUGAAGCAGCAGCCUUGGUACUGUGAGGUCUAUAAAUACAGCAAAUGCUUUCUGGUCAACCAAAAUAAUUUCUCAACCAAUAUGAGCUUGGAGCGAAACUGGACUGGAAACGCGACAAUGGUUCCUGCUUCUGUUCUAAGUUUUGAAAGCACCACUCUGUGGCCCAUCAUCACCUUCAACUGUAUCUCAGCAGCGUUUGUUUUUUCUAAGGGGAAGCCCUUUCGGAAACCCAUCUACACAAACUAUUUAUUCUCACUUCUGCUGACAUCUGCAAUGGGCCUCACGAUUUUCCUUCUGUUUUCUGAUUUUCAAGAUAUAUACCAUGGAAUGGAGUUCAUCCCAACGGUCAUGUCAUGGAGGGUUUCAAUUCUGGCGGCAGCCUUUGUCCAGUUCUGCGUGGCCUUCUUUGUAGAGGAUGCCAUCCUUCAGAAUAGAGAGCUCUGGCUGCUUAUAAAGAAAGAAUUUGGAUUCUACUCAAAAAGUCAGUAUAGGAUCUUGCAGAGAAAGCUGGAAGAAGACUCUACCUGGCCUCCCUUGGACCGGACAGAUUAUGCGGGCAACGGCAAAAAUGGAUUCUAUAUCAACAGAGCCUAUGAAAGCCCUGAAGAGGUCCCCAAAGGGAAACUCAAGCUAGGAGGGCAAGCUUCAGAACAGCACUUUUGGACCAGACUGUAACCUGAGUUACUGUCAUGUUUGUUCCACAACAUCCAUCACCUUUUGCCCUCUCCCGCCCCACCUAAACAUUGUGGAGAGGUGAAAACUGCAUACCCUUCUCUUCUCUCUCCAUUUAAGCAUCCAAUGCACUUCAACCUACUGAGCCUUGCAGCAGAGGACCUUAAGCAUUCAUUAUAUCCUUCACUAGUGAGAGAGAAAACUGCAUGUCUCAGAUCACCAUUUUAAUAAACUGUAUUCAUACUGUUUUGUUCUAAAUGCAUAGCUCUCUUACAAUGAAAUUAGAUGUAUAGGCAUCAGACGAGAAACAAAACAACGAGGAAGCAUUUCGUGUUUGAAAGUUAGAGUAAUGUAUUCAUUGAUGUACAUUUCCUUAAUAUUACAUUAAUUUGUGAAGCACAUUCAUAUACAUAUCUUGGCCCAGGAUCACUAAGUCACUCCUGAUUUGCUUCUUUGGUAUGGCUUCAAUAGAGAAAGAAAAAAAGCCAGAAAGCACAGGAAGCCAGAGUUGUGUGGAAGUAGAGAACGGUAGAGAUCGGUGCUAAUCAUUAAUAAUCAUGCUAUGAGCAUUGCUAAAAUGUAAAUAAACGACACCAAACUUAGCACAUUCCCAAAGUAUAUUCUAAGGGACCAGUGGCUCUAACAGUUCAGAGUAAAUGAAAAUAUUGAAAUAAACUGUUAAAAUGUAUUUUUUACUUUCUAAGUUAUGUUACCUUCGUUAUUAUUAUCAAUACGCAAAAGUACCAAAUUUACUUUUAAAAGCUUCCCUGAACUCAUCAUUCAUUGAUCAUCUAAAAACAAAAUUUUAAGGAAGGGACUUAUGAUGAUUUUUAUCCACACUAUUAGAAUCUUUGGGAUAUGACGCAAACUAUUUCAUUGACUUAAUUAUCCAAAUCAUCAUAGAUAUUCAUUAAAGACAACAAAAAGAUACAUCCUUCUCAAUGUUUUCUGUAUACAAGUUAGUACUUUUUUUUUUAAUGUGUAUCACCCUUGUUGCAAGUUGGAGAGGAACUAAUUCUAGUGAACAUUUGAAAUUAACCAGGUUUUCUUUUAACUACUAAGUUUGAUUUUGUUAAUUAACAACAAAUCUUUUAUAAUCAUCAGUAACUCAUCAACUAAACCCCAUGAAUAUCAACUAUGUGAGUAAGACCACAAUGUAAUAGAUUCAUUAUAAGUUAGAUAUUGGUUCACCAUUUUGUAAUCUUUAGUUUUCAACAUUUUAGCAAGUUAUGGCUGCAAAUGGCAUUAUAAACACUGCUGCUCAAACCAGCAUCACCAGUGUGCAUGCCUAUAAAAACAAAUAUGUUUGCCUUUAAGCUUUUUUUGUGUGUUCACAGAUGUUCGGAGAGUGAUAAUUUUAAAACUGUCCAAUUUACUCGCUGCAAUGAUUAAUUUUAAUUGUCAACUUGAUCAUAAGAGAGAGAUUUCUGGUACAUCUGUAAAGGUGUUUCCAGAAAGUUUUCACUGAGAUGGGAAGACUGCAAAAUGUUGGUGGUACCAUCCGUGGACCUGGUCCUUGAUAGAAUAAAGAUGAGAAAGGAUGCUGAGUACCAACGCCCCUUUCUCUCGUGUCAUGAUUGUGGACACACUGUGACCAGAUGUCCUGUACUCUGAUGACACACUUUCCCAGGCAAUGAACUGCAGUUUUCCUCUAAAACUCCGAGCCCAAGGAAACCACUCUCCUCUUAAGUUGCCUCUGUCAGGUAUUUAAUAAUAGCAGCAAGAGAAGAAACUAGUGCAGUGCCUAGCAAACGUAACGGAAUUAAAACUCUUUUUAAAAAGGCUUUGGGGCUGGAGAGAAGGCUCCGCAUUUGAGCACGAAGGAGCAGUUUGGAUGCCACCACCCACGUUAAGCAGCCAAGGGACUCUUGUAGCUCCAGCUCUGGGGAAUCUGACACCUCUUCCAGCCUCUGCAGGCAUACAUUUGUGUUCACACACACAUGAAAAAGAAAAUAACAUUUUUUUAAAGCAUGUUACCUUAUCAUUAAAAAAGAAUAACAACCUUAAAGCUACAGAAGCAAAAAUUUCCUUUAGCUGACAGUCCUAUUUGGUAAUUUCACACUUAAAAAUGAACAGAUUCAGUUGAUAGAAUGUGAAAUUUAGAUAGCAUGUUUUAUUUGUUAUAUGUACAUAUUCAACAAACCUACGGACCUUUCUUUCCUAGUAUUAUCAAUAACCUAUCCCUGAUGCAGGUGGUCUUUACAUUUCAGUAUUUGGAACAUGAUAGAGUUGAGCUCCAUUACUGACUGUUGAAAAUAUGCCUGAACAACAUUUCAUAGUGUCGGGAAAAUGGCUGACCCAGCAAUCAUGUGGGUAUUGAGUACCUACAGGAAACCAAACCCAGCUAUUUUGAGCUGCCCAUCCUAAGACUGGCCGUUUUAAUGGCAAACUGAAGUUACAGAAGCCUCCCACAGCUGAUAAGGAAAUGAACCCAUGAAUUAGAAAGCCCAUUUCUGAUGUUUUCUUUUAACAUGUUCUUUAUCUUCUAGACUGCAUAAGUCAGAGUUCUCUAGAAAGGUUGAAGCCCCGGGAGGCUUUUCAUUCUGAAUCCCACCGCUCCCUCUUCCUGGCCAGCAAUUCUGGGUAAUUCUGCCAAACACAAAUGCCCUACUGUGGGUUAUGUUGCCCUCUGUAAAUGUCUGUUAUUGAGAAGUCAGCACAUCAGGGGAACUUAGUCGCUGUACCUGGCCUCACCUUAAUAGGACAAUUCCAGAAAACUGCAUAUACUUUGGCAGCAGAGACCUAUAUUCAAGAUAAAAGUUACCUCCUGCCGUCCCAGAAGACCAAGGGGGUGGGGAGGGAGACCAAGUGUUGGGAUUAAAACAAGAAUGGCCUGUUAAGGAAAAGUAAAGACAGAGGGUCUCUGGGGCUGGAAUGGCAACACAUGCUUAUGUUACCAUGACUGUUGCCCACCCCCAUCAGCUUGACUGUUUCUAGCCCCAGAGAAAAAUCAGUUUAGUAGGUUUGAGGUUUCCACCGAGUCUUGUGCAGCUCCUUUAUUAUAUUCUAUCAUUUUCUACCCCAUGUUCACUGACAUGUUUUCCUUGUUGGCCGACAUGCUUUUGAUCAUGAUAAAAAAAGGAUGCCAGGCUGGCUGUGUGGUUUAUGGAGCAAUGCUAUGAUACCCUCAUGAUUACCUUCAUGUAGAAAGACUUAGAUUCCCCCUUUCCUGGCCUGCUGCUACCAAGAAUUUCACAGAAAACCGUACUAAAAGGGUGGUUUAAUUCAACAUGUAAUCAAUAAAACAAAAGAAUAAGAUAAUGGAAUUCCUUGACUCACAAUAAAAGUCUUUAAAGGGAUAUGGGAUUUUUUUGUGUUAUAAAUAUAGCACACUUUACAUCAAUAUUAAUGAUCACUUGCCAAGGCUCAAAGGUCAAACCACUGAGCUACUAUACAUUCUAGAGGAAACAAUUUAGCUCAAAAAAUACAGUCCGUUGCUGAUCACUGAUUCCUGUCAAGCAACUGGGUUCUAGGGAAUUCACUGGGUCUGAAAGUGCAACAAAAAGCCAGGAGAUGGCUCAGUGGGUAAAGCAUUUUACACACAAGCAUGAGGUCUUGAGUUUCAAUCCCCAGGGUCCGGAGUGCAUCUGUGAUUCCAGACCUCCUGCAGUGAGCUCUCAGCAGGCACAGGGGACUCUGGCAGCUCGUGGGCCAGCUAAGCCUGUCAUAAGUUGCGAAAGACAACAUACCCUGUCUCAAAAAAUUAAAAGUUUAAAAGGUGGAGACCAGAGACUGAUACCCAAGACUGCCCCUGCACAUGUUCGCCAUUUAUAAACACUCCACACGUAUGAAUACACGCAGGCCCCUCCCACCCUCUUUUUACAUGCCCCACCUACACAGGUGUCGAUAUAUAUAA